CAAUAAAUUUCAUUCAAAAAAAAAGUUUUUUUUAAAAAAAUAAUUUUCAAACGCAUUUUUUUGUAUACCAUAAACUCCCAGAGUUAUAUAAAUUUUUUUUUUUUUUAUACAUAGCGUAGUCAAGGGCCAUAUAAAAUCAUCAUGCUCCUUUAGAAUUUUUUAAUAAUUCGGGAGGAAUAAAAAAUUUGUCCACGCUUAUUUUUGUUUUUUUAUUUUUAAAAUAAUAAAUUAUUUUUUUAAUUUCUUUUUUUUUUUUUUUUUUAUUUUCAAAGCAUUUUUCUAUUUUAGUUUUUUAAUCAAAUAUUUAUUUUUAUAUAUGUAAAUCUAAUAAUAUUUUUUUGUAUAUAUGUAUAUAUUAACUUUAAUUUUUUUUUUCAAAUAAAUCUAUUCAGGAUAUAAUAAUACAUUUACGAUAAUAAAAUUUAAAUAAUUAUAAAUUAAAAUUUUUUUUUAAAUAAUUAUCAUCAACACACUUAACACACUCUCACACAGAAGUAUUAAUUUAGUAAAAACAUCAAUACUUUGUUUAGUAAUAUUUUAAAAUAAUCAACUGAAAAGAUAAUAAGUAGUAGCGCUUUAUCUUUCAACAAUAUAAAUUUUUAUUUAGUCACAUAGUUUACAUAUAAACAGCAAUAUGGGUAGAAAGAAGAUUAAGAUUCAAAGAAUUCCAGAUGAAAGAAAUCGUCAGGUUACUUUUAAUAAAAGAAAGAAUGGUUUAAUCAAGAAAGCAAUGGAGUUGGCUUUACUCUGUGAUUCCACCGUCUCUUUGGUAAUUGUAAACAAUUCACCAAAUGCCAAGGAAAAAUAUUUCCAAUAUAUCAGUACUGGUUUAAAUGCUCCAAUGGAAUCAAUUCCAGACUUGGGCCCAGAAAUUUCUCAAAAGUUCACAGAUAAUGAUUAUGAUAAAAUUUUUAAUAAAAAAGAUAAAAAUGACUUUUCAGAUGAUUACUUGGGCGAAUCAGCUUCACACUCAGAGGAAGAGGAUCUUAAACUUUCUCCAUCAUCGACACCAGAGUUAUUAGCUUUUAAUGGUAACCAUCAAGGUAACCAUCAUCAUCAUCAUUCAUCUCAAAUGAAUUCAAAGCUUUUACAUAAUCAUCAUAAUCAAUUUAGUGUUCAUAACCAUAUUAAUAAACCAAUUUCGUCUAUAAAACCCCCCCAUUCUGAUAAUCACCAUUUUUUUAAUCAUUUAUCAUCUUUAAAUAAUAAUAAUCAAAAAUCUCAUAUGAGUAAUAAUCAAAACCAUCAUAAUAGCAACCAAAAUCAUCAUAAUAACAAUAAUAGCAAUAGUAAUCAUCACCAUCAUAAUACCUCACCAAUUGGUUCUCCACCAACUAAAUAUCAACAAGUUCCAACUUCUGCAGGUAACACCGGUUUCGAUUCAAAUCAAGCAAGCCAAGCUUUGUUAUCACUCCACAAUGCUUCAAAGCUAUUUUGUUCAUCACCAGAGGACACUUCUCCAAUGACCUCACCAAGAACUCCACCAUAUACCAAUAAUAAUAAUAAUAAUAAUAACAAUAACAAUAAUAAUAAUAUAAUUCCAAAUUCACCAAAUAAUAAAUCUUCAUCAAAACAUUUACCACCAUUUAUAUUUAAUGAAAAUUCAAAUAACAAUAAUAAUAAUAAUAAUAAUAAUAAUAAUAAUAACAGUAAUAAUAAUAGCAAUAAUAAUAAUAAUUCAUCAAACAACAACAAUCAUCCAAAUAGUCCAAAUAGUAGAAAUAUCUUAUUACCACCAAUUAGCUUAUAUAAUCCUUCCUCCUCUUCAGCGGCACCAAAUAGUCUUAAUGAUGACUUAUUUUUAAAAAAAAGAAAAUUAGAAUUAAUUCAUUAAAUAUAUAAUAAUAUUUUUUUAAUAAUUUAUCCUUCCAUUAUUUUAUAAAAAAAAAAAUCAAAAAAAAAUC